AGAGCCCCGCAUUGACGAGAGUGUAGUGCGAGGCACCUGAGCGCGUGUGUGUGUACUGCGAGUGCUGGGUGACUGUAAUCCACAGUUGUUACUAGGGUAUUGUGAAAAAUUUCAAAUAAAAUAGAAAUUAAAAUGUCUUCGCCGACGAAGAAACUGAAGAAGUUGGAAGACGGUGCGGGAGAUGGUAAUGAUACACGUGAUUAUGAUAUUGAAAUACAGAAGACACUCGAGGAAAUUGAUGGUUGUCAGAAUCAAAUCGAUGGGCUGAAUGAGAAGGCUAGCGAUGAGAUACUCGAGGUGGAGAAAAAAUACAACAAGCUACGAAAGCCGUAUUUCCAGAAGCGGAACGACAUCAUCAAGAGGAUACCCAAUUUUUGGCUAACAGCUUUUGUUAAUAAUAAGAAAAUAGCUGAAAUACUCGAAGAGGACGAGGAGGAUGCACUUCGAUAUCUGAACAAACUUGAGGUCGAGGAAUUUGAAGACAUCAAGUCUGGGUACAGAAUCAAUUUCUAUUUCGAUGAGAAUCCGUAUUUCGAGAACGAGGUGCUCACUAAAGAAUUCCACUUGGGAUCAUCUGGUGAGUGGGGAUUAGGGGAUCCAGCUUCCCAAAGUACACCAAUACGCUGGAAGGAUGGGGCUGAUUUAACGAAGAGGGCGAAGGGAAAGGCUCAGCUCAAGGGACGCAAGAGGCCACUUGGCCACAGGUCGUUUUUCGAUUGGUUCACGGAUCAUGGGGAUCCAAGCUCUGAUGAUAUUGCUGAAUUGAUUAAGGAUGAUAUGUGGCCAAAUCCUCUGCAGUACUACCUGGCACCUGAUAUGGACGUCGAAAACGGUAUCGAGGGUGAUGGAGAGGAGGUGGACGGAGACAGUGAGGAGGAGGAAGAAGACGAGGAGGACGUUGGUGGAGAAGAGGGAGACGAUGUUGGUGAGGGUGAGGAGGCAGACGACAGUAUAGUGGUCGUGGAGGAUGAUGCAGACUUGGAGGACGAGGAUGAGGGCCCCAAUGAUGAAGAUGAUUUGCUGGUUGAUGACGAGGGGGAUCAAGAGGCCGAUGGCGAGGAGCCAGAAUAAGGGGCCUAAACAUCGACAGAUAUUUGUCACGGAUAAACCAGCAUGAUUCACCUAAUUCUCAAUACCAACAGAACGAUUAAACACCGAACAGAGAACAAUGGAAAUCAGCACAAGAUUUUUGCAAAAAAAAAAAUACAUUGAGUCUUCAUGGGGGUCUCACUGAGACCCGAGAGUCUUUGCCUGGAACUUGUUACAUGAUAAUUAUAUUGAUAAAUAGGAUAGAGUAAAAUUAAGCGCUAAGGCACUGGGCAGGGAUUCUUAGUCAAUACUCUGAACCCCCAGAGAAACAUUUAUUUUACUCGAAGAAGCAAAAUAAAAGUACGUAAUAAUAGAAACAACACGAACGAGGCGCUUGUGAACGCGAUCUGAUCAAUUACAAUCUUAGUGAUAAUUUUUUUUCGCAUCCUGUCUCUCGUUUUGAUUUCGUAAACAAAAAUUUUAUUCGUGAAGAAACAACUUUGACGGAGUGUUGUCGAUAUUGUAUAUACGUGGUACCUCGGAUUUUUAUUUCAAUGAACUGUCAUUUGAUUUUUUUUAGAAGAAAACGUUCUCAACACCUCGUUUCUCUCUUCCAGUUUACUAUUUUUAAGGAAUGCCCUUUCAGAUAUAUACACGGACUUGGUUUCAUGUCGUAUCCACAUACACAUACACACACGCACACACACACACACACCAUUUGGUGGCUGUGCAACUUGGACGGCAGUUACGAUCAGUGUAGAAAACCUCAAUCCCUUCUUUUUCUUCGGGGGAAUGAUUAUUUUGAAAGAUCCAAAUUCAUAAAUCCUGUAUAACAUAGUUAUGAAGCGCGUAAGAAUUUGAUUUUUCAAAAAUGAUCGGUUCACCCUAGAAAAGAAUUGAAUUGAAAUUUUCUACUCUAAUGGUAAUUUCCGUCCAAGUUUCGCCAUUCUCGAGUACUUUUUCUUUAUUGUAUAUUUAUGAAAUUAUCGUUUACAAAUUAUCGAUUCAGGAGGGAACAUUGAAGUAAUUUCUAAGUUAUAUUUUUGUGAGUAAAGGUAAAUUUCUUUUUUUUAGUGACUCAAUUCAAUUUUGUAAUAGAUUACGAAGAUCUAAUAAUUGGUGUAGUUAGUCCACGAAUCAUGGCUUCAUCAAGUACCACAAGUAUUUGAUGGGAAAAUUUGGCAAAUUUUUUUCAAUUUCUUCUUUAUGUAAAAAAGUGUACGCAAGUAACAUCAUUAAAUUUUCAUUUUUCAAUAAUAUUCAUUUCUUAUUUCACGCAAGGAAUUGAAUAAUUUCAAAUUCUAUACGU